AUGUACGAAAUCAGGGAAAGUUGGGUACCCGCAUACUUCAGGGACAUCCCUAUGUGUUGUUUGAUGAAGACGACUUCACGUUUCGAAAGUUCAAAUGCAGCUUUCAAAGUUAACUCUACCAGCGCAAAUACUCUGGUUCAAUGGCUGCUAUGUUAUGACACGCGAAUUGACGCACAACGUUACCGCCAAAGAGUUGCUCAUUUCAAAUAUUCUUCCAUCGUUUUCCAUGGCAAAAGCAAUCUACCCAUUGAAGAACAUGCGUUCGCUAUUUAUACUCACUCUGUUUUUCACGUUGUUCGAAAGGAAAUCCUCAAGGGAAAGUUUUACUGCUACAUCUCAAACCAAGCGGCCGAAGACGGCACAAUGGUUUUUUCUGUCACACAUGAAGACAACGUUUUCACGGUCAAGUUUAAUAACGUUGAUAGGACAGUAGAUUGUUCAUGCCAUGGUUUCACUCGCAUGGGCUACCUCUGUCGCCACAUCUUUUGUGUAUAUCGCUUACAACAUGUUGAUACGAUCCCAGCCCAAUACAUAUCUGAUAUGUGGCGGCGUGAUAUAUUGCCAAAGAGAGUGUUUUCCGCCCAGAGUCGUUAUGGCGUAGACACGCAACCACAGGACGUUAUGCGAUCUGAGAUUAUUGACGUGGUCUCCGACUGUGUGGAUGUUGUUCGAAACGAUGUUGAUUCACUUUCAUCCUUGCUUGAACAACUAAAACUCAUCAAAAUGAAUUUUUUAACAAAGGGAUCUAUCCAGAUGCCAGCCCAAGUGCCAAGUGAGGAUGUCUUAGAAGAACUGAUUGGGCAUCCAAUAGAGAACGAGGUUGUGGUGAAUAACCCUGAUGUGGCGCGUAAUAAAGGAUGUGGUAAACACCGUCGCAUUACUGGUAGCAGCAACCAGCCAGCUCCAAAACCCCCAAAGGCUGCUCGACUGUGCCGAACCUGCAUGAAGUACGUCACUGGCCAUGAUUCCCAUAAUUGCAAAAAAAUUCACUGA